CUGCCCCCUGUGGGCUGGGAUGAGCGCGGCCCGCCCAGCCCCAAGAUGGCGCCGCCUCCGGCCGGCCCCAAAAUGGCGGCGGCUCCGCCUGCCGCCCCGCCCUGUCAUGGCGGCCCACAGGCCAGCGCUGGCUGGAGGCUUUUAAGGUCGCGGACAUAACGCGAUAAAUGUUGAGCCAUGAAGAGCAUUGCCAGGAGCCUUUUGCGAGCAGCCAGGUGCAGCCCGGCUGGGGGGCUGCGAAGCCGCUCUGCUCACUGUGGCAAACUGCAUCGCCCCAAACUUGUGCUGGGAAUAGAAACCAGCUGUGACGAUACGGCUGCUGCAGUCGUGGAUGAAGCUGGCAAUGUGCUGGGAGAAGCGCUGCAAUGUCAGAGGGAAGUCCAUCUGAAAACAGGUGGAAUAAUUCCUCAUGUGGCACAGCAACUCCACAGGGAAAACAUCGAGCAAGUGGUGAAGGAAGCACUUAGUGUCAGUGGAGUUUCUGUAAAUGAACUUACUGCUAUCGCGACUACAGUGAAACCAGGACUUGCGCUAAGCCUGGAGGUGGGACUGGACUACAGCUUGAAACUGGUGAACAAGUACCAGAAGCCCUUCAUACCCAUCCAUCACAUGGAGGCUCACGCACUUACCAUUAGGCUGACUAAUCAAGUGGAGUUUCCUUUCUUAGUUCUUUUACUCUCUGGAGGCCACUGUAUCUUGGCAGUAGCACAAGGAGUUUCAGAUUUCCUUCUGCUCGGACAGUCAAUAGAUAUAGCACCAGGUGACAUGUUGGAUAAGGUAGCAAGAAGACUCUCUUUAAUAAAGCACCCCGAAUGCCACGGCAUGGCUGGGGGGAAGGCAAUAGAACACUUGGCUCAAACUGGAAACCGGCAACAGUACACGUUCAGCCUUCCCAUGCAACGAUACCGUAACUGUGAUUUUUCUUUUUCUGGACUUCAGAACCUCAUCAAUAACACCAUUAUACAAAAAGAAAAAGAAGAAGGUAUUCAAGAAGGUGAGCUCCUGUCUUGUGUUAAGGAUAUCGCCGCUGCCGUGCAGCAUGUAGUAGCCAUUCAUAUUAUCCAGCGGACAUAUCGAGCUAUGCUUUUCUGCAUAAAAAAUGGCAUCUUGUCACCAAAACAUGCAACUUUGGUUGUAUCAGGAGGAGUUGCAAGUAAUCAGUAUAUCAGAAAAGGCCUGCAAGCUCUGGCAAAUGCAAAUAGUUUUGCUUUUCUAUCUCCUCCUCCAAGACUCUGCACUGAUAAUGGUGUUAUGAUUGCAUGGAAUGGCAUUGAAAGAUUACGUGCAGGACUUGGUGUUUUAAACAGCACAGAGGGCAUCCGCUUCGAACCCAAAGCUCCCCUUGGAACUGAUAUUUCAAACCAAGUUGAAGAAGACUCUAUCAAGGUGCCAAAACUAAGGAAGAUACUACAGUUGGCAAGUUAAGAUGUGACUUAAGGUAAAUGCGACCAGAAAUGGUUAAGCGAAAACCAUUUCAAAGCUGUUACACAUACUGAUUUUGCUUUGCUUUCUGUUGUUGAAGAUCACCUGUUGGAGAAAUAAAUGCUGUGUGGUAUCACCACAAUUAUUCCA